GCUAAAUUGAAACUCAGGUAGGAAGCGAAGAAAUUUGAUAACCUUGGAAACUUGGGGAAGACGAAAGCCAGUUAUUCUACGGUUGAUUCAGAAACCUACACCGAAGGAUUGCAGGGUAGAAAUGGCGACCGCGGCGGUAGAGAAUCGGCAGGUGGAGGAUCCGACGGCGCACCGCCAACAAGGCGGCGGCGCCGGUGGCGGGGAAGGGCUCCGGCAAUAUUAUCAGCAGAGGAUACAGGAUAUGCAGCUGCUUGCCCGUCAGAAAAACCACGAUCUCCAGCGCCUCGAAGCCCAGCGCAACAACCUCAAUGCUCGAGUUAGAUCAUUGAAAGAAGAGUUGCAGCUCCUCCAAGAACCCGGAUCGUACGUUGGUGAAGUUGUUAAAGUCAUGGGAAAAUCAAAGGUCCUCGUCAAGGUACAUCCUGAAGGGAAAUAUGUUGUCGACAUUGAUAAGAGCAUUGACAUCACCAAAAUCACUCCUUCAACAAGAGUUGCUUUACGUAACGAUAGCUAUGUGCUUCACUUGGUUCUGCCGAGUAAAGUUGAUCCAUUGGUCAAUCUUAUGAAAGUAGAAAAAGUUCCAGACUCUACUUAUGAUAUGAUUGGUGGUCUUGACCAGCAAAUCAAAGAGAUAAAGGAGGUGAUCGAGCUUCCAAUCAAACAUCCUGAAUUGUUUGAGAGUCUUGGAAUAGCUCAACCUAAGGGAGUCUUGCUAUAUGGGCCACCCGGGACAGGUAAAACACUGCUUGCUAGGGCAGUGGCCCACCACACUGACUGCACUUUUAUCCGAGUCUCGGGUUCUGAAUUAGUUCAGAAGUACAUUGGAGAAGGCUCUAGAAUGGUUAGGGAACUUUUUGUGAUGGCAAGAGAGCAUGCUCCGUCGAUUAUCUUCAUGGAUGAAAUUGAUAGCAUAGGAUCUGCCCGAAUGGAAUCUGGAAGUGGCAAUGGGGAUAGUGAAGUUCAGCGAACUAUGCUCGAACUUCUCAAUCAGCUUGAUGGUUUUGAAGCAUCUAAUAAGAUAAAAGUGCUGAUGGCUACCAAUAGGAUCGACAUUCUCGAUCAGGCUCUUCUUAGGCCAGGAAGAAUUGACAGGAAAAUUGAGUUCCCAAAUCCCAAUGAAGAUUCUCGAUUCGACAUCUUGAAGAUUCACUCGAGGAGAAUGAAUUUGAUGCGAGGGAUUGAUCUGAAGAAGAUAGCUGAAAAAAUGAAUGGAGCAUCUGGUGCAGAACUCAAGGCGGUCUGCACAGAAGCAGGAAUGUUUGCUCUGAGAGAAAGGAGAGUUCAUGUGACUCAAGAAGAUUUCGAGAUGGCUGUUGCCAAAGUCAUGAAGAAGGAAACCGAGAAAAAUAUGUCAUUGAGGAAACUUUGGAAGUAGACUUAUAUAUACACACAUACAUACGUAUAUCUCGCAAGUUAAAUCUCUGUUUUUUAACGUGGGCGGGUUUACGAACAAUGUGUGCACCCAGGUAGAACAUAAAAUGUUCCCACGCUUGAGAGCUUGUAUGUUCUCAUGAACUCGGGCGGGUUUGUUAUUUUCGUGGGAAGAAGCUAUCGAGUUCUGUUCAUUGAAAUGCUGUUAUUA